AAACGCAACCAUGUCGUCCGGCAUGCGCGUGCCGCCGACCGUCAAGCCGACGAACUACGUCGCGGGCCUGGGCCGCGGCGCCGUCGGGUUUACGACGCGGAGCGACAUCGGCCCGGCGCGCGAGGCGCCCGGCCGCGGGGGCCAGCUGCCCGGCCAGCUGCCCCCGGGCCAGCAGGGCCCGCAGGCGCCCAUGCCGCCGCCGGCCGCGCGGGAGAUGGGCGGCUCCGCGGACCUCAACGAGCGCAACUUCGACAAGUUCGAGGGCUACGGCGGCGCGCUCUUCAACGACGCGUCCUACGAGAACGACGACGUCGAGGCCGACCGCAUCUACGAGGCCAUCGACGAGCGCAUGGACUCGCGGCGCAAGCGCGCGCGCGAGGAGAAGCUGAUCGAGACGAUGAAGAAGUACCGCGAGGAGCGGCCCAAGAUUAGCGACCAGUUCGCGGACCUGAAGCGCGAGCUCAAGGACGUGAGCCGCGAGGAGUGGGAGGGCAUCCCGGACAUCGGCGACCACUCGUUACGCUUAAAACAGAAGAAGCGGCCGGACAAGAUCACGCCGAUGACCGACAACAUGCUCGACUCCAUGCGGUCCGCGUCGGAGGCCGGCGGCGCCGCGGGCGCGCUCGACGCGCGCCAGCAGCAGUACGGCGGCUUCGAGACGCCCAUGGGCGGCGGCGCUCGAACGCCCCACGGCGGCUGGCGCACGCCCAUGCUCGCGGGCGGCAUCGCGUCCGUCGCGGGCACGUCGUCGUCGCUAACCUCCGGCCUCGCGGCCGCGCGCGGCACGGUCCUCGGGCUCAAGCUCGACAAGAUGAGCGACUCCGUGACGGGCCAGACCGUCGUCGACCCCAAGGGCUACCUGACGGAUUUGAAUUCCAUCAAGGUGAACACGGCGUCCGAGGUCGGCGACAUCAAGAAGGCGCGGCUGCUCUUGAAGUCCGUCACGACGACGAACCCGAAGCACGCGCCGGGCUGGAUCGCCGCGGCGCGCGUCGAGGAGAUCGCGGGCAAGGCCAUCGCCGCGCGCAAGCUCAUCAAGCUCGGCUGCGACACGUGCCCCGAGUCCGAGGACGUCUGGCUCGAGGCCGCGCGGCUGCAGAGCGGCGACGCGAACGCGCGGUCCAUGCUCGCGCUGGCCGUGGGCAAGCUGCCGACGUCGACAAAGCUCUGGCUGCGGGCCGCGGAGCUCGAGCCGGACCCGCUCCGGAAGAAGACGGUGCUGCGGAAGGCGCUCGAAUUGGUGCCGUCGUCCGUGAAGCUCUGGCGCACGGCCAUCGAGCUCGAGGACGUCGAGGACGCGCGCAUCAUGCUCGGCCGCGCCGUCGAGUGCGUGCCCCACUCCGUGGACAUGUGGCUCGCGCUCGCGCGGCUCGAGACGUACGAGAACGCGCGGCGCGUGCUCAACCAGGCGCGCGAGGCCAUCCCGACGGAGCCGGCGAUCUGGCUCACGGCGGCGAAGCUCGAAGAGGCCCACGGCAACGGCGCCCAGCUCGUGGACCGCAUCGUCGCCAAGGCCGUCGCGUCGCUCGCGCAGUACCAGGUCGUCAUCGACCGCGAGCAGUGGCUCAAGGAGGCCGAGGCCGCGGAGCUCGCGGCGGCGCCGUUGACCUGCGGCGCCAUCGUGCGCCACACCAUCGGCAUCGGCGUCGAAAACGAGGACCGCAAGCGCACGUGGCUCGACGACGCGGACGCGUGCGCGUCGCGGUCCGCGGUCGAGACGGCGCGCGCGGUCUACGCGCACGCGCUCGCGACCUUCCCCAACAAGAAGGCCAUCUGGCUCCGGGCCUGCGCGCUGGAGAAGAAGCACGGCACGCGCGAGCUCCUCGAGGCGACGCUCCGCAAGGCCGUGCAGCACUGCCCGCAGGCCGAGGUGCUGUGGCUCAUGGCGGCCAAGGAGAAGUGGCUCGGCGGCGACGUCGAGGGCGCGCGGCAGACGCUCAUGGACGCCUUCGCGACGAACCCGGACUCGGAGCAGGUCUGGCUCGCGGCCGUGAAGCUCGAGUGGGAGAACGACGAGCGCGACCGCGCGCGCGUGCUCCUCGCGCGCGCGCGCGACCGCGCGCCGAGCCCGCGCGUCUGGAUGAAGGCGGCGCUGCUGGAGCGCGAGUGCCACGACUACGACGCGGAGCUGCGGCUCUUGGACGAGGCCCUGGACAAGUACGCGACGUUCGCGAAGUUCUACCUCAUGGCCGGGCAGGCGUGCGAGCGCGAUCUGUCGAAACAAGAGGAAAAAGCCGCGCGCGACUUCUACGCGCGGGGCCUGCGGCGCUGCCCGAAGUCGUCGGCGCUCUGGCGCGCGGCGGCCGCGCUCGAGGAGGCGGCCAUCGGCGCGACGAAGGCGCGGUCGAUCCUCGAGUUGGCCCGCCUCAAGAACGGCAAGACGCCGGACCUCUGGCUCGCCGCCGUGCGCCUCGAGCGGCGCCACGGCAACCGCAAGCUCGCGGAGAACCUGUCGGCCAAGGCGCUCCAGGAGUGCCCCGAGAGCGGCGAGCUCUGGGCCGACGAGAUCUUCGCGGCGCCGCGGCCCGCGCGCAAGGGCAAGUCCCUCGAGGCGCUGAAGCGCUGCGACAACAACGCCCACGUCAUCGUCGCCGUGUCCAAGCUCUUCGUCGCCGAGCAGAAGCGCGCCAAGGCGCGCAAGUGGUUCACGCGCGCGUGCGCGCUCGACCCGGAUUUGGGCGACGCGUGGGCGCACUACUACGCCUUCGAGCUCGCCGACGGCGUCGAAUCGGACCAGGAGGACGUGCUCCAGCGCUGCGUCGCCGCCGAGCCGGCCCACGGCGAGCUCUGGACGUCCAUCUCCAAGGACCCGGCGCACGCGCGCGCGGACGUCGCCGCGAAGCUCCGCCUCGCGGCCGCGAAGAUCCGCGCGAGCGAGGACGCGACCUAAACGUGGAGCGUCCGCGU